CCCAACCUCCCAAUGAUGCCGAUUCUCGAGAGUUCCUUCCCGUUCUAUUCGAAUGACGGGUAAUCGAAUAUAAUGAAUCAAGACGAAGCUUCCGUCACGUAUGGGGCGUGGUUGGAGGCUGAUCCCUCGAUACCGAUAAUUGACGAUGCGGAGCCAUUGUCCGACGUCAUAUCAAAGCUCUCGAUCUAUAUCGUUGGAGCUAUCAAGAGCCCAUACACAUUUGAGGAACUAAGGCGCCCUCAACAUUCACAGUCGCUUGCUCCUCUCAUCGAGUAUCUUGGCGAUCGGGUCCACCAUCGGUGGAUAGUGCUAGCUCUUUUACAAUUAAAAGGCCACUUCGCUGCAUUGGAACCUGAUGAUGAUCGGGGAAUCAACGAUGCACGAGGGUUUGCUUGUGAGCUGGUCGCCUGGAGAUUUGUCCUCGGCCUAUCGCGACAGGAAGCUCUGGACUAUCUCCUAUCAGAGUAUACCCCUCAUGAUCCCGUUCCCGCUGAGCUAGGAGACGAAGAGAGUGGAAUACCGAACGGUUUAUCAAGACAUACGAGCGAGCUCGAUCCCCUUCUCGCCUCGUCCUCUACUCUUCCAGUGCGUCAAGCUCAAUCUCGGACGGCGUCCUACUUCGGACAGGUGCAGGACUCCUUGCAUGAUGCCGAUGCAGACUCAAACCACGUAUAUGAUCUCGUCUCGUCUUGCGUGAACCUGAACGCCUUGGAAGUUGCGGCUGUAUCUGAAGCCAAGAAAUUCUUGAGCCAGAAGAUUGUCCAGCAGAUGAUCGAACGUAUCUGGAGAGGCGAUAUUAUCUUCUGGGAAACGUUAUCUGUUGACUCAGUGAAGCGAGCGAAAUUAUACAACCCAAAACGUGCAGAUGCGUACUGCCGGCUCAGAGUCCCUCGGUACCUCAAAACAUUUGAGGUCCUGUUCUUCGUCACGUUCCUUUUCCUUUAUUAUGUUGUCCUUGUCCAACGCGAUUAUGACCAAAUCACCGUUGCUGAGAUCCUCUUGUAUGUUUUCAUUGCUGGGUUUGCAUACGAUGAAUUUGGUGAGUAUCGAGAUGCAGGGCAAGCCUUUUAUGCCACGGAUUUCUGGUCUCUGUGGGACUUAUGCAUUGCGCUCGUGGGCUUCAGCUUCCUAAUUUCCAGAGCCAUUGGCAUCGCCAGAGAGUCUGAUAUAAUCAUUGACACAUCUUUCGAUAUUCUCGCGUUAGAAGCGCUCUUCCUCGUUCCAAGGACCUGCUCUGUCCUUAGUCUCAACCCCUACUUUGGAACAUUGAUGCCCUGUUUGAAGGAAAUGACCAAGGACUUUGCUAAGUUCCUUAGUAUUGUUACCAUUCUAUAUAUCGGCUUCUUAACAACAUUCACCCUUUUGGCGAGGGACAACUUUACGUUGAGUGAGAUGUCAUGGAUUCUGAUCAAGGUCUUCUUCGGCUCAUCGUAUCUUGGAUUCGAUGUUGCAGCACAAAUAAGUCCAAUCCUUGGGCCCCCUGUCAUGUUGAUUUUCAUUUGCCUCACGAACAUUCUACUGAUUACUAGUUUGAUUUCGCUCUUGAGCAACUCCUUGACAAAGGUGCUCGACCAUGCCAAAGAAGAAUAUUUAUUUAUAUAUUCCGUCUAUGUGCUGGAAGCGUCGACCUCAAACCGACUGACGUAUUAUUUGCCGCCUUGGAACCUCAUCUCAUUGGUCUCGAGACCUCUCCGACUGUUCCUCCCGUCCGAUCAGCUUCGGCGGACACGAAUUGCCAUUCUCAAAGUUACCCAUACCCCAUACGUCGCGGCCAUUUGGGCGUAUGAGUCUUUGACCGAGGGACUGGGUUGGUCCAAGAGAGAUAGGACGAGCUGGAUGUCGUCUAAUAUUGCCGGCCCCGGCUUGAUUCAACCUCUGAAGCGCCAAACUUGGAAGAUCUCCGCCGGUACGCCGCGGGCAUUGGUGGCUUCAAUGCAACCAACGGCUUCAGAUGGGCGAGGCGAGAACGGUAGGGCGUCGACCGCCGACUACGGGUCCCAUAGUGGUGCCGACAAUGCAGACGAGCCGCAAGACGUGGAUCUGAAAUCAUUGGUUCUGAAGCUCAGCACUCAGGUUGAGCAACUUAUGGCGAUUGUGACAGAACGGCAGGGAGGGAAUUUGCAGGACGACGAAUAAUGCCAAAAGCGGAUUUUCCGAGUUGAACCAUCACCGCAUCAAGUCAUGGGUGGAACAAAUUAAUUUCGGGCAGCAAAAGGUAAAGAGAUUAUGGUGGUGAGGGAGUGUUGCCUCCCUUGUUGAGUGAUAUGUGGGGAUUGCAAAUGGGGUGGUGAACAGGUACAAUCAUCGGUCAAAAGACACCGACGACCACUGAACAGUAAAGUUCCGCAAAGGCCAACAGAACAGACCAGUUACCAUGCAAAUCCAGAGAUUAUCUGAUUGGAGCCUUCUCGCAUCCCCAGCAAGGCCUUGAAUGAUGUACCGGUAGGUUGGGUCGAGGCUUGGCUUAGUCGAACACAGGCCUCCUCUCAUUCAAGGUCCCUUCUCUCACUCAAUCCUGUUCUAUCAAAGUUGUUGUACAAAUAAACGCCCAACCGCGCUCUAUAUUCUCAUCGUCAGCGCGGUUAUUUUGAAUAUUUGGAAAUCUGCC